CGGAGCGCGCGCGCCAUGGACGUGAAGCGGCUGAAGGUGACGGAGCUGCGGGCCGAGCUCGGGCGGCGAGGCCUGGAUUCUCGAGGCCUCAAACUCGACCUGGUCCAGCGGCUCCAAGAGGCCCUCGACGCCGAGAUGUUGGCCGCCGGGCCUGAAGAAGCCGGCGCCGAACCCGGAGCGGCCGGCGGCGGCGGGCAAAGCCUCACCAGGGCCCGCUUGGGCGUUGAGGGGGACGACGACGACGACGACGAGGAGGAGGAGGAGGAGGAGGAAGAGGAGGAAGAAGAAGAGGAGGAGGAAGAUGAGGAGGAGGACGAAGAGGAGGAGGACGAGGAGGCGCUGCUGGCCGACGAGGAGGAGCAGCCCCCGCAACAGCAGCCUGAGGCGGCGGCGGCGUCGACAACGACGACGGCGGCGGCGUCCGGUGGCGGCGAGCAGGCCCAAACCGAGCCCGCGGAAGGCCCCGCUCAGCCCGGAGGGGUCAACGGCGCCCAAAGAGCCGCCGAAACCGGCGAGGAGGCCUCGGUGGCGGCCUCGGCCGGGGGUUCAGCGGCCAGCGGUGAAGCCGAGCAGGGCGGAGACCAAGAAGGAAAUGAGGAUGAGAAGGCAAAACAGGCUGGGCCGGACGGUGAACGCCACGGCCUCAAAAGACAGCGCGAUGAGAAGGAAGAGCACGGUCGUGCUUAUUUUGAGUUUCGAGAGGAGGCUUAUAACAGCCGAUCUAAGUCUCCACCACCCCCAGAAGAGGAACCUAGGACAGAGGAUGACGAGACUCUCGUGAUCCUGGACACAUAUACAUGCGAUCUCCACUUCAAAGCCACCAAGGACCGUUAUGGAGGGCAGCCUCUGUUUUCGGAGAAGUUCCCCAAUCUCUGGUCUGGGGCGAGAAGCACACACGGGGUGAAAGGAGGCAAAGUCUGCUUCGAGGCGAAGGUGACACAAAACCUGCAACUCAAGGAAGGCUGCACAGAGACUCAGCUGCUCCGGGUCGGAUGGUCUAUCGAUCUCUCUCGUUCCCAGCUAGGUGAGGAUGAGUUUUCUUACGGCUAUGAUGGACGAGGGCUGAAGGCUGAAAAUGGGCAGUUUGAAGAAUUCGGUCAGGCCUUUGGGGAGAACGACGUGAUCGGUUGCUUUGCCAAUUUCGAAAGCGAAGAGGUGGAGCUGUCCUUCUCCAAGAACGGGGAGGACCUGGGCGUGGCUUUCCAAAUCAGCAAAGAAUUGCUGGGGGACAGGGCCCUCCUGCCCCACGUCCUGUGCAAGAAUUGCGCCGUGGAGCUCAACUUCGGCCAGAAGGAAGAGCCCUAUUUCCCGAUUCCUGAGGGUUACCUGUUCAUUCACGCCGUCCCCGCCGAGGAGCGUGUGCGCACCCCGGCACCCCCUAAAGCGCCUGCAAAAUGUGAGGUUUUGCUGAUGGUUGGGCUACCAGGAUGUGGGAAAACGUUUUGGGCCCAGAAGCACACCGAGGAGAAUCAGGACAAGCGUUUCAACAUCUUGGGGACCGACAACAUCCUGUACCAAAUGAAGACAAAAGGCCUCGCGGUUGAAGAGCCGCUGCCUAUCGAAGCUCGCGAUUCGCUGCUUCAGCAAGCUGCCCGUUGCGUGAGCAAACUGGUCCAGAUCGCACCCCGGACAAGGAGAAAUUUUAUUCUCGAUCAGUGCAACGUCUACAACUCCGGCCAGCGAAGGAAACUUCUGCCUUUCAAAGGCUUCCUUCGCAAAGUGGUGGUGCUAGUGCCCAGCGAGGAAGAUUGGGUGGACAGGCUGCAGCAGAGGGAGAAAGCUGAAGGGGAGAACGUGCCGGAAUCAGUGAUGCUGGAAAUGAAAGCCAACUUCUCCCUUCCGGACAAAUGCGACUACAUCGACGAAGUCCUCUUUCAAGAUUUGGCGAAAGAAGAGGCCCAGCCUCUGGUCACUAAAUACAAGGAAGAUGCCCGGAAGCUCCUCCCACCUUCCGAGAAACGGACGAACCGUCGCAACAACCGGAACAAACGCAACCGCCAGAAUCGCAACCGCGGCCAGGGAUACGUCGGAGGAGGUCAGCGCCGGGGUUACAACAACCGAGCCUAUGGACAACAGCAGUACUGGGGGCAGCCUGGAAACAGAGGGGGUUAUCGCAACUUCUAUGACAGCUACAGAGGCAGGGAUUACAAUCGCUUCUACGGACGCGAUUAUGAUUACAACAGAUACCGGGACUACUACAGGGACUACAACCGAGAGUGGCAGAACUACUAUCAAGACAGAGACCGAUACUACAGGAAUUACUACGGAUACCAGGGGUACCGGUGAAACCCCUUGGCCGCCUCCACCCUUCAGCCAAGCACCCAGGCUCAACAGAGGGAGAGAAGGAGAAGGGAGAAUGUCCGCCACUUCUCCAGAAGCAAGCAACGGAAAUGGGAGUGGGGGGGGAGGGGAAAGGGGGGGGAGGAGGAAGAGGAGGAAAGCGGUGGCUGGGUUUGAGAGAGAGAGAGAGAGGGUGGGCAAGGGCGGGGGGGGGAGGUUUGAAAACCGAAACAAAAAUUGUAAAUUUUUUUUUUUAAAGUUUGUUGGAAAAAAAAAUAUUGUCUUAUUCUAUAAAAAAAAAGAGGGGGGGAAAAAAAACCGAGAAAAAAAAAACAAAAACAAAAAAAACAAACCACAUUUCAAACCCUAGUUUAGACAUUUGUAAUCCCCAUUUGUUCGCCUGGGGGGGGAAAAAAAAAACACAACUACAGAACAGCACUUAAAAAAAGCCGUCUAUUAAUCGGAUAGGAAAACAAGACAUGGUAGAGCGGCUAGGCUGGCAGCUUGUCCUGGGGGCUGGGGCGGGGCGGGGGCACCGAAACGGGAGAGGCAGGUCUCCUGGGGGGGCAGGGACGAUGCAGGGAAGACGGGGUGCAGAGCUGGGGAGAUGGAUGAUGGUUGGGCAUCCCCCCGUUUUCGACUUAAAACCCAGGGGGGAGGAAGUCGUAUGUCGACAUAUAAUUCAGUUUUCGGGCCCUUCUCCUCCGCCGCUCUGUCAAAAUAUCAGCCCGCAUUUUCAGACAGUGAAUUGCUGGAUGGCCUGUUAGAUGUUGGGUGCCACAGGCUGGAGGCUAAACUUUUCCUCGCCGUUCCUCCUCCGAGAUUUCAAGAAAGGCUCACAAAUCCCCUCCGACGUACCACCAAACCAGCCAGUUAUUCCCACCCACCCCCUCCCCGUUUGAAGCCCGUAGCUCUUUUUUCCCCUCUCCUCUCCCGAAAUUUAGCAGAGCCCCUUUUUGGAUCAUCUCUGUACAGAAUCUACGUCCUCUCCUCCUCCUCCUCCUCCUCCUCCUCCUCCUCCUCCUCCUCCUCCUCCUCCUCUCUCCUUCUAUUUUCUAUUUUAGUUUUUUAUUUUUUGCCUUGAUAACGGAACGAACAGAACUUAAAUCUCUCAGGGUUUCUGCCGGAUCUCCUGGUUGUUAGCACCUGACAUGUAUAUAGGGAAAAAAAUCUGUGCUAGCAGGUCGAAUUCAGCUUCCGAGUAGCUUUAAUGUGGAGCAUCGAAAGGUCGUUUUAUUUUGUUGCUGGUUUUUUUUUUUAUUUU